AUCUCUCUUUCUCCCCUUCCAUCGCUGCUCUUUUUUCAUGCACGUCCAAUUGCUUGCGUCUCAGGUGUAAGCCUACCUAUUCACCUGUUGUCAGGUGGGGCGGAAUUGCUUCUCUCUCACUGACAACUGCCAGCGGUCACUCUUGCCACUGGGCGCCACAGAGACCGGCUCAUCAUCCUCGGGCCAUCGUCUUCUCCUCCCGCGGUUUAAUGUUUAGCUCAGGGCAAACGCAGGACGGGGCAGAAGAGGAGAUACAGAGACAGCGGCGGCGUGUGUGACGGCGGCACACAGACACACACACACACACACACACACACACACACACACGCACACACGCACACCAGUAAUCUAUUGAGAUGAGUUUGAGCCUAACAGAGCAGCACUGAGCGAACAUGGAGACUGGAACUCGAUCAUGGAAGAGAGUGGGCGCCAGGCUGGCAUCAAGGGACCGAGGAGACACAGAGGCACCUGAUGCUGAGUCACCGGGCGACGGUCAGGCGUCCCCACAGAACGCUCUGUCCCCACUGGCGCGCCUCUACCUCUACGCCCUCCACGGCCUGCUCUGUGAGGUGGCCUUCACCGCCGCCUGGGACCUCUGCGUCACCCGCGACCCGCGCCUGCCCGGCCACACCAGCCUCUGGGCGCUGCCCAUGUACGGCCUGGCCGUCUUCUUCGUGGAGGAGCUGAGCUCGCGGCUGAAGCGCAAGCGCUGCCCCCUGGUGGCCCGGCUGGCCCUCUACACCGUCCUGACGUACGCGUGGGAGUUCAGCUGGGGCUUCGCGCUCCGGCUGGCGGGCGCGUGCCCGUGGGACUACUCCCACUUCCAGUACAACUUCCUGGGCCUGGUCACGCUGGAGUACGCCGUCCCCUGGGCCGUGGCGGCGCUGAUGGCCGAGACACUCGUGGUCCACUACACGUUAAGGUUACGCCUGGAGAGCUGAGGGAAAGGCCUCGGCACGGUGCUGCAGUAUAGUGGCCUCGGGUAGAUGGGGUCAAUACUCAGGAAGGACAAUUGUUUCGUUUUGUUGUGUCUUACGAGUGGCUGAGUGACGUGGCUGAGUUGUGAAUGAAAAAAAAAAAAGUAAAUUUUGUUCCUGCGGGGAACCAUGUUAAACGAUCACAAGAACUGUUGGGUUCUCUUUUUAUUCCAGUCCUUCUCAUUCCCAUUCUGAGACAAAAAAUGAUUGACAAAAAGUACACAAAUAAUGUACGGGCUACUGGGAGAUGUAUAUACAUUUUCUACUCUCAGGCCUAGUUAUCUCCUUUGCAGAAGCUCUCUCAAACCCUAAAGCUACACACUGCACCUUGAAAGCCUCUGGCUGUUUCAGGCUCUGUGGACUCUGAGGAUCUCUCUGUUGAUUGGUUGGCUGGACGGUGUAUUUUGCAGCCCUGAAAUAGAUAUGCAGUCAUACCUUGUAACAUCUUCAGUGGAACAUUAAUCUAUGCAAGAAUACCUCAGGUACACCACUACAAUGCAUUUCAUGUUAGCAACUUGCCACAUGCCGUACUACCUUUGAGUGCAAUGUCAGCACAUCAAAACAAGACUCUCAUUUUCAAGCCUCAAACUAAUUUCUGAAGGUUUAUAGAUGGACAGCAAUACAUACUUCAUUGUGUUGGAUCACUAGCAUUCUACCAAGAGGACAACUUCACUUAUCCAUGCAUACUUGGACUUUUUGCUGUGUGGCCACUUUCAUAGUGCAACUCAUAUGAAAAGCAGAAACACUAUGCAGUACUUGUAGUUUAUGUAUAUAUUAUAUAUAUCAUUGAUCUUUUCCCUCGUUCUCCUUCUCUCUGCCCUAUAAGCCAUUGCUUGAGUGUGAGUAAUUUACCGAAACCAAUAGAGAACAGAGAAAUGCAUGCUUUUACUUGCUUAAUGAAUUCCCCGUCUGACUGCAUUAGAACUGCAAUAACUCCACACGCUCCUGAUAACAACACACUGAGAUAAACACUCCUGUGGCCGCCCAGUUGGAGCAACUCCACUCAAGUAGCCUACUUAUGAAUGACAGAGCUAAUGACUGACUGAGUGGAUGACUUCUCUGUGUGUUUUUUUGUUCUUUUUUUUAUUUAUUUAUUUUUUCGUAUAAAUAAAGCUAAAUUCAUGGUUGAA